ACUUCGACACCAGACAUGAGAAAUACAGACACAACAUCACCAACUCUAACAUUACCUGAACUCUACAUCCCCUGUCGUCCCCGAUCCGGUCACCGUCGUCCCCGCACUUGUUUUCGCUCGUGGGAAAACACUUUUGCGAGAGCAAGUCAAAGUCGGAACAGAAGUAAAAACAAAAAAAGAAAACACGAAGUGGUUAUUGAAAAUGAAGAAGAGUUAGAGGGGGAGAAUGUAAUAUACAAGAAUGGAGAAAAGGUUGACCUAAACUUGGUAGCGCGUGUAGGGGACGGCGCGUACGAGAGGGAGUUAGAGAGCAUGACGCAGGGUAUGUCGAGAGUACAACUGGUAGGGUUUAUGGAUAGUUUAGAAGGAGAGUGGUGCGGUCGUAGUGAGCGGAGGAAGGUGGUGGUUGCCGCCGAAAUCGUCAAAGUUCUGCCGGUCGAUUGGAAGAUCGAGAUCGCCGUUCGCCGCCGUGCUCAACAGUGUUCUCUAUACUGCCGGAGUUAUGUAAGUCCAACAGGGAUGCAAUUUAAGUCAUGCAAGGAGGCUGCAGCGUAUCUAAGAGAUCAAUCUUCGAUAGAUGCGGGUCAUUCCAAACAAGGGGAGAUGAGACAGAUCAACAACGGUAGUCGUGUGCUCCUCAAAUCUAUAAACGAACUCACUAAUUCAUCGACUCUUCAUGAGGCAAAUAAUAACCUAUUGCAUGGAACAAAUGACUUGUAUGAUGUUGAAAUAGGCUCCUUUAUCGAAUGCUCUCCGUGUGGACUCACGUUUGAUGAUAUCGCUGCGCUCAACAAACACCUUGCGAUUGUUCACAAUAAAACAACCCGAAUAUUUGAGCUUCCAAAAAAACCUCCUGCUUUAGACAAGGCACAAGCGGACCGUGGUCAGCAUGCUGUUGUGGGCCAAGAUGAGUCACGAUUAGGUGAAGCAUCUUCCAGCUCACAAAAGAUGGCUGGAGUAGAGGCACCCGUAGCCAUGGUUAACAACAAUAACAAUGGCAGGUUCAGGACCAAAUGCACAUGGUGCAACAAAGAGUUCCUUAGCGAGCCGGUUGAUGCAGAAACAAUGGCUGAUGCAACCGGAUUUAUGUGUCCAGAAUGCAAAGAUGAGCUUUGGGGUGUUCCUGAAAGGAGUUUGUCAAGGGCUUAUCAACAGUAAGUUAAUUUGUUGUUUCCAGUUUGAGGCAGUCUUUUAGAUUUUGGGGAGAAGAAAAUGAAUGUUUUAUUUUGUUUAUUUAUUUAUUGUGUUGUAGACAAUAGUAUACCCUUUGAGUAUUCUGUAUGUAGUUUAGUUUUUUCCCCUGUAUGUCACAAACAGAUGGUUUUUUAUACAUAAAUUUAAAGGAUAAACACA